UCCGAAAUUAGCAACUUAUUUAAAUAACAAAAUCCCUAUCAGCUCGAGGACAGCCUUCAGUUUUACCCCCCAAAAACGUAUUUUCACGUCCGGGGAUAUCGCCGUAAAAAAAGCGAAGGGCAAAGGCGAACAAUAUACGAUAUUUUCGCAAAGGAGAACAAUACCGAUGCAGGAACCGAAAAAACCGAAGGGAAAGCAAUAAUCAUUAGGCCAACAAAGGCCUCUCCCCCUCCCUCGAGGGAUUGAGGUUGGCCAGGCUGUCCUAUCGGGUUGAGUGCGUUGUCAAGCGCUGACCAGGCUAAAAAAGAAGGAAAAAGGAGAGGCAGGGGCAAAAUGCCAAAAUAAACACUUGUCGCUGGUGAAAUUCGGAACGGUGGUGGCUUAGGUGGCUUACGUUUUCCCAACCACAAAAGCGAAAAUUUUCCAGCUCAGCACGCGUUUAGGCGCUGCUGUGUGCCUUUGGUCCCGGAGACCAUUAGCCCGGUGAGUGGGAAAUACACUUGGAUAUGAGAAACGGCAAAGGAAGGACCCACAGACUGAUGGCAGACAGGAUACAAUCUUUUCACGGUCUUCGCCACGGACUGACUUGCCCCAACGCAGGGAUACGUAAUAAAAUGUAGACAAUUUUUACGACACUGUCCGAACAACACAAGUGGACAUUCCGCUUUUAUUUCUUCAUUAAAAAGCAGUAUUGAUUGCCGACCAGGAGGUCGUGGAGGCGGAGCAUCCGAGGAGUGCCUCCAAGGACCUUUUUACAUCCAUACUUUUAUUAUAGUUUGCCACACAAAAGGUCUUUGUCAGUGGCGUUAUUAUUGGCUUUCACGGGCUCCACCACUCUGUAUUUGAUUUAUCCAUUUUGAAAACCAUAUCUGUCGUUGCUUUUUCAUCUUUUGUAGGCCAAUGCAAACGGUAUUUUCAGUUGAACUGUCGUUUUGUCUCCUGACUCAAGUGGUCAUUUAAAGCAACACAAUUUUGAUUGAAGUGGACAACGGUUUCUGCAUAAACCAUGUCUUUGAUGUCACGUAAUUGAUUACCCAUGUCCUGCCAAAUGACCGCUAAUGUGGGAUCCAUUUUUUAACGCCGACAAACAACUCCCCGGUGGACCCUUUAUUGCUCCCCUAGUGAUGAAUGGCCAAACUAUAGAUACUGGCCUAAUUGGCCUGAGCCAAAGGCCUAUAAAAGAGGCCGUGAAACAAAUGCAGCUUGCAGUUAUCGAGAUGGCUGUAACAAACUUGCAGCUAUGCAGUUUGCUAACAAAGUUUUCGGCUCUCAAUGGACUAAACACCUACUAUUUCGAUCCUAACACGAAUGGAUUCAGGAGCUCCUGGAAGCUUCAGAUAUACUGCGUUAUACAUCAUGGUCUCUGUGUGCUGGCUCUGGCACACAUGUCCUAUAGCACCGAUAGUAAUAUGAGAGUGGGUGUGACUGUUCUUACGAUUGGAGAAACCACGGCCUGCUGUGUGAAAUCCUGCUGGGAUAAGCAAAAGUAUUUCAGUGGGAGAGACAGCGGGACGCUUUUGAAGUACCGAUACUACAUGGAAAUUACUUUUGUUUCGAUAACCCUGCUGCGUAUUCAUCUGUUUCAUCCGAUCUACAUGAGGAGACUGCUACCUUCGCAGUUCUACGUAAAUGUGGGAGCGUAUUGACUACUCUACAAUAUGCUUUUGGCAGCUGUGCUCGGCUUCUACUUUUUCAUUCAAAAGCUCAUAAAUGAUCUAAUGGCGCACAUUUUAGCCAUGUCGAGACAGAGAAGUCGCCGUACAAAGAUGCUGCACUGCCUUAGACUCGACUCCAAGCUUCUACUGCUGUGUGACCAGUUCAACAACCAGCUUGGACACGUGUCCGUGUGGGUUUUGGCCUGCAAAGGUUGGUUCCAGAUCACCUAUGGCUACGAAAUAUACCAGAUGGUGGCUGCUCCAAAGUCAAUUGAUUUAAGUAUGGCCAUGAGACUGUUUGUAAUUUUCAGCUACAUUCUGGAUGCCAUUAAUCUAUUUGUUGGAACAGACAUUUCCGAAUUGUUCAGUACUUUCAGGGCGGACUCUGCACGCAUUUUAAGGAAGGCGAAUCGCUUGGAUCGACUGCUAAGUUGCUAGUCUUCUAAACUAAAAACACAAAGAAUAUGGUAACAUCUACUAAAAUCGACCCGAAGUCCUGUAUUAAUUUUUAAGCGGCACGGAAAUUAAAAUCUUUUACUGAUAAAGCUGCUUUCAACUAAGCUCAUUUCUGAUUAGAGCUCUCUAAACUUCCCCUUUGAACUCCGAUUGCAGCUCUCCAUCUUCACCUUGAAGUUGGCUCUCCAUCCCAAGAGGGUCGUCUUUCUCAACGUGUUUACUUUUGACCGAAAGCUGACUCUGACGCUUUUGGCCAAGUCGACGUUGUACACAAUAUGCUGGCUGCAAAACGACUACAACAAACUCAAGGCGUAGACUCCAUUCAAGGCAUAUCCUGCGCUCCCAAGAGUUUAUUAUCCCACGCACAAGAGUUCGUCUGGACUGCGAGUACAAAGCAAAAACCAAGGCACAUGCACAACUUAAAGCAAUACGAGUAUAAACAUUUACAUACACAUAUGUAUGUUCACAGCAAAUAUAUAAUGGAAAAAUCAACGACAAUGCAUCCAAAUCCAAAGCCACGAGCCUGAGGAACUGUGCACGAUGACUAUUGGUUUGAUGAUGAUGAUGAUGAUGAUGAUGAUGAUGAUGAUGAGGUGAAUUGGUCAAGUUGCACAAUGGCUUAGAAAAUAAGUAAGGAUGGAUUAAGCUGUUCGAAUUAUAAAUACCCAUCGCAGUGCUGAAAUUUAAUUGAUUUUUCUGUUGCCGUACACACAGUUAUAAAUUUUUGGUAAAUAUUAGAAUGCAACUUAAUUUAGCAUG